UUAAGGAGAAGUGGAGGGGCAGCGAUGGAAGUAACCCUGAGUUCUCUUUAUAUACAUCCUUGGCUGUGCAGAUAGCCUAAAAGUCUCCUUAAUAACUUUAUAAACGCCAAAUUAGACCGACAAUCUGAUUCCAGAGGACAGAAGAGAAUCUACGGAAACUACCGAACGUUAAAGUCCAGUCGAGCAUCGGGUCCGUUUGGUUUUUUGCUCGGUGAUAAUUCAACACCAUCGAACCGGUUUUCCGGUAAGCUAUGCUUCCUUCCUCGCCAUGCUGGGAACAGACCUGAAGUGUGUCCUCUCGUCUGCCAGGGGUUCCAUGUGAUGGUGUGAGGAUGGGACAGGGUGGUGUUAGAAGUGACUGCAGCCCCGGAGGCUGAGGAACCGGCUCCGUCGGCCAGUCACGAUGCACAUAGCUUCGGUGGGAGUCAGCAAGUUCUGCUUCCUGUUCUCCCUCGCCUUCUGCGGCCUUCUGCUCCUGCUCAUCCCCGCCCUCCAGCCCCCAGCACGCCAGGUGGACCUGCCACAGCCCCGACCCCAAGUCAGACCGGCACAGGCCGGCCGGUCACACCGUGUCAGGUCUCCAGGAGUGUCUGUCCAUGCAGGGGAAACAGACUCUGACACAGAACUGAGUAGCAGCUCAGCGGGGCAGACUGGAGCUACCAGGAAUGGUAUCCAUAGUCCCAAGAGGGGGAUGGACUCCAAAAGAGGAGCUACCCCUGGAGGAAAGGGUGGUAGACUUUCAGGGUCUAUGUCACAGGACCCGUUAGACUUUAAGGACAUUUUUAUUGCAGUAAAGACUACCAGGAAGUACCACAAGUCCAGACUGGAGCUGCUGGUUCAGACCUGGGUUUCCCGAGCUAAAGAACAGACAUACAUAUUUACUGACGGCGAGGACAAGGAGCUGCAGAUGAGAACAGGAGUGAACAUCAUCAACACUAAUUGCUCAGCAGCUCACACCCGCCAGGCUCUGUGCUGCAAGAUGUCAGUGGAGUACGAUAAAUUCAUCGAGUCUCAGAAGAAGUGGUUCUGCCACGUGGAUGAUGAUAACUACGUCAUCCUGCCCAGCCUGCUGGGGCUGCUCUCCUCCUACCACCACAGCAAGGAUGUCUACCUGGGCCGGCCCAGUCUGGAUCAUCCUAUAGAGGCUGCAGAGCGGGUCAAGAGUGACGGAUCGGUGUCUGUCAAGUUCUGGUUUGCCACCGGUGGAGCAGGUUUCUGCAUCAGCAGAGGCCUGGCACUGAAAAUGAGCCCAUGGGCCAGUUUGGGGAACUUCAUCAGCACAGCAGAGAAGAUCCGACUACCGGACGACUGCACCAUAGGCUACAUCAUCGAAGCGCUGCUGGAGGUGACCCUGACCCACACACACCUCUUCCACUCUCACCUGGAGAACCUUCAGAAGCUGCCCACUGACACUGUGCUCCAGCAGGUGACUCUGAGCUUUGGAGGCUUUGAGAACAGAAGAAACGUGGUCAGCAUUGUUGGAGGCUUUUCACUGGCUGAUGACCCCACAAGGUUUAAGACGGUGCACUGCCUUCUCUAUCCAGACACUACGUGGUGUCCAAAGUUUGGACAUUAAACUUAAACUGACAGCUACAGUAUUUUUAACCUGCAGCACUGAAACCUGCUAAACAUUCAUCCCACUGCCUCACCCUGCCAACGUUUGGAUCACGCUACGUUAAGCUGGAAAAAUAUCACGUCACACAAAUUGUUUGGUGGAAAUCUGUAAUCAAAGCAGCCUCACCUCAUGCUUCAUAAAUGCAAUCUCAAUCUAAAUAGCUGGAGCCAAAUAAUUACUUUUUUCUGGCUACUUGAGCAUGCUGGUUGGUAAAGCCACUAGUGGCCCUUUUUUAUGAUCUUUUCCCAAAUAUAGUAAGCUGUUUUAGCUUAGU